UUUGUUCAUUCAUUGAUUUCACUUAAGGGGUAACGUCUGUAAACUAAGUAGUAAGGGUGUAUAUAUGAAGGGGUUUCCCUGAAAAAGGCUUUCCUCGUGUUUACCCUGUAUUUUCGUCGUAAAUACGUAGGAAAAAUACAGCUCUGCGAUUGGAUCAAAUCUUUGUCCAUUCAAAUCAGCUGCAUCCUAAAGCAGAAGUGCGUCCAAUAUCGCUUGAGGUGUCUCCGGCAAUCCGGAGGGGAUAUGUUGCUGCUCUGCCUCGUUUGCUUCCAUGUGAAGUCUGGACAGUCUUAAUACUUGAGACAUUUUAAAAGUCGCUUUUUUAUGUUUACGGAGUCGGAGUAUAGUUAGAUCAAAAUACUUUGGUUAAUGAUAGCUUGGACUAGCCACAGCGUACCCCGUGGCGAUAGUACGUAAUUUAAUACAGGAAACGAGACAAGCGGGGGUGGAAAACCUAUCAUAGCCAGCAACUAGCGAUCCUAGCUAGUAUAACGCAGGUUCUUUUCCUCUGUCCCAGAUAUUUUUCAUCGAACUGGAUAUAUAUUUACAGCUCUCAACAACAAGUACUUUCAUGACAUACAACGCACAAAUGGUAUUUUAAGAAAAUGAAAUGUCUAGAUACAUGCGAUCGGGUUGGAUUGUUCGAUGGAUCUGAAAACGACAUUAGAGACACGGUUGACAAAGGUUGGCUAAAAUUGGUAUGCUAGCCAGCUAGCUUAACAAGCACCUUCAUGGAUGGGAGAACUGCCUUGACACUCAUUUACACUUGGUAACGUAAACUAACAACGCCAUCAAGGCUAGCUAACUAGUUGUUGUGCUUUGUAUACGAACAUUUUGGUGGGGUUUUAUACACGGUUUGGUGCAGGAUAUCUGACGUUGAGUCAGAAAACGCCAAAUUGGCUACAUCGUUCUUGGACAGACGAGUUAGCCAAACUAGCUACCGUUAGCUUAUUCUAUCUCAUGACUGCUGUCAAAGGUAACGAUAGCUAAUCAUUGAGCUGUGAAGGAACUAUAACUCGCUUAACGUUACUUAACUUAAAUGUUUAGUAUUUGACUCAUUUCAGACAGUUUUCGGGUGCAUUUUUUUGGUUUCGGUUGCAAGGCCACUUGAUUGAUGUCAGUUAAUCUUGUCGUGAUGCUCUCAGCUGGCUACCGUUAGGCAAUUUGUCACAUUUGGAGAUACAGAUGAAACAGUCUAGUCAUUUUUAACAUUAUUUAAACAACAGGUGAAAAUGCAAAACGUCAUACAUCUAGCUUUCUGGUGAACAGUUGAAAGAAUCCCCGUUUAACUGUUUCCUGUCAAGGUAACAUACUUUUCUCCAUGCAAUGGAUUUAAAAACGGCUGUAUUCAACGCUGCCAGAGAUGGGAAACUCCGGCUGCUCCAAAAACUAUUGGAAAACAAAAGUGACCCCGAGGUCACGAAACUUACGUCUGAAAAAACAAACGGGGCAACCCCACUACUUAUGGCUUCGAGAUACGGACACCUUGAGCUGGUGGAAUACCUUUUGGAAUGUUGUUCAGCCCCAGUCGAGGUUGGGGGAUCUGUCAAUUUUGACGGCGAGACAAUAGAAGGGGCUCCACCGUUAUGGGCUGCUUCGGCCGCUGGACACCUAAAAGUGGUACAGUCGUUGGUAGGCCAUGGCGCUUCCGUAAACAACACCACCCUUACUAACUCAACGCCCCUCAGAGCCGCUUGUUUUGACGGACAUCUCGACAUUGUUAAAUACCUGGUGGAACAUAAAGCAGACCUUGAAGUGGCUAACAGACAUGGCCAUACAUGCCUCAUGAUUUCCUGUUACAAGGGCCACAAGGAAAUUGCUCAAUACCUCCUGGAAAAGGGGGCAGAUGUCAACAGAAAAAGCGUGAAAGGUAAUACAGCCCUGCAUGACUGUGCCGAGUCAGGCAGCCUGGAGAUCCUUCGCCUGCUGUUGGAUUAUGGUGCUCGAAUGGAACGCGACGGUUAUGGCAUGACACCGUUGCUGUCGGCCAGUGUGACGGGCCAUGCCAACAUCGUGGACUUCCUGGUCCAACUCCCACUCACGCCCCCUCCUGAGCGAGCGGAUGCGCUGGAGCUGCUGGGUGCCACGUUCGUGGACAAGAAGCGUGACCUCCUGGGGGCCCUGCAACACUGGCGCCAGGGCCUGGAGCUGCGGCACACGGACCCCGUCAGCCUCCUACCCAAGGCUCCGCAUGAACAACUCGUGGCAGCGUAUGACUUUGCAGUGGAAGUGACCAGUGAGGAGGAGCUCGAUGCGCUUAUCUCCGAUCCCGACGGCAUGCGCAUGCAGGCCCUGCUGAUCCGUGAGCGUGUCCUCGGGCCUGCCCACCCAGACACCUCGUACUAUAUCCGCUACCGUGGUGCCGUCUACGCCGACUCUGGCAACUUUGAGCGCUGUGUGGCGCUGUGGAGCUAUGCCCUGGACAUGCAACAGCGCCACCUUGAGCCUCUGAGCCCCAUGACGGCGAGCAGUCUGCUAUCCUUUGCCGAACUCUUCUCCUUCAUGUUGCAGGACCGUGCAAAAGGCCUUCUUGGCACUUCUGUUUCCUUCCAUGACCUUAUGGCCAUUUUGGGCAAGAGUGUGCUGGAGAUUGAGCGUGCGAUUAAACAGAAGUCUGAUGGCGCAGGCUCAGUAACGACCGCGGCAGCCACUCCCGUCCCAGACCCAGCCCAGCUGAGUAAAGCACUCUCCAUCAUCCUGCACUUGAUCUGCUUGCUGGAAAAAGUGCCCUGUACGCUGGAACAAGACCACCUAAAGAAGGAGACCAUCUACCGUUUCCUGAAACUUCGGCCGUGCGGCAAGAACGGCUCAAGCCCACUGCACCUGGCAGCUGACCGGGCCACCACGUGCGUGGGCCGCUACCCUGUGUGCCGUUUCCCCUCUCUGCAGGUGGCGGCGGUGCUCCUUGAGUGUGGGGCUGACGUCAACUGCCGCGACGCACAAGACAAUUCUCCCCUCCACGUGGCUGCCUCCAAUCAACAGCCUGAGUUGAUGCGGCUGCUGAUUGAUCGGGGCACACACUUCGACAGCACCAACGCAAUGCGACAAACUGCCUGUGACCUGUUGGGCCAGAAGGAGCUGGCACGCAGUCUCAUCCAACCAGUCAACCACACCACACUGCAGUGCCUGGCCGCCCGUGCCAUCAUCCACCAUGGCUUGGUCUACCAAGGCAACAUACCGCAGCGCCUGGAGGACUUUGUGCUCCUGCACAGAUAGUAGAGACUUUUGAACCAACCGAGGAACAAAACCAGGAGAGAUGUCUGAGGGACUGAGAGGAAUGACAUUCGUAAUAUCUUUGUCCUUCCCCCACUGGCUUAGUUUUUUUUAAAUUUAUUUAUUUUUUCCAAUUACUCUUCCCCUUUUCUUCUUAAAAGCAUGGUCCAGUUGCCAAGGGCAACUAAGUGAGCUAGGGUAAACCCUGCUCUCACUCAUACACCAUGUGUCCUAUAUUUUCCCCUGUAUUUUGUCUCCACCUCUAUGCACUUCCCCCUUCACUGACAGCAGACAUCUAUGGCUCUUUUCCUCAGCAGAACCUUACCUUUGAGAAGCUUUAUAAUGUGUUUUGAGGUUUGCACAUGCCAUAAGUGCUUUAAUCCUCCUAUGCACAGGCUAGGAUACUCUUCUGUGUUACAAUACAGUCAAGCCUAAGGUUUUGUUUUCAUGUCACAGCCUUUGUGAUUUUGAAAAUCUUGAUCUCCCUAUUCUAUGGUUGGAGCCAUCAAACUGUAGAGGGCUUUUUUUUCAUGGUCUUCAAUGGAGUAUGAAUGAUCUAGUGAAUUCGUUAUUGGCAGAUUGAUUGGCUGAUGUUCUCUUACAGCUCUUUACUUUUCUAGUUUUCUGCAGUCAUUUUUGUGAACGUUGAGUUCAAAGGCAAGCUGUAAACAACAUGAAAACAAAUGUCCGGGGUGAUGCAAUUACCAUUAAACUUCACUACUGCACAUUAAUCAACGCUGAACACCUCAGUGGUCUGUUGAUCUAAGAUUUGCUUUUUUUGUUGCUAUUCUUUUUUUUCAAGUAAUUGUACUAGAAAAAGGAGGCCUUGCAUGGGACGGGUUUGUUGUGAAUUAACACUUGCACAUUGAACUGCAGUUGCUUUCUUGUUUUUGGUGUCUCUUUGGGGGUAGGGGCAGGGGCAAAAUGUCUACAUUUGUUAAGCUUAUCCAACUGUUUGAGGCAUUUUGUGUAAUUUGGGUUAAUGGUUUAAUUGGGAUACUGACUUUUUCUUAAGCCAUGGACGUUCAAGAGUCAACACGGGCCUACACGAUCAACACUGUUCAACACACAUGUUCAAACGGUUACUUCAUGGUUUUGUAUAACUUCAGGGUCAGGUUCAUUUGGCUGUGUAUGUGUCAUUAUUUUGUCCUCAAUUUCAACCUUCUCUCCUUCUGUCUCUUCUUCCUCAUGUUGUCUUUUGCUACUUUCUUCAUUGUCCUCCAGCUGUUCCUCUGCAAUCCAAAUCUUUGAUAAAAGUACUCUAAAAUU